CGGCGGCGGCGGGUGCGCGGUGGCGGCCGAGCGGUUUGUUUUGCUCGCGGCCCGGUCGCUCGGUGCCGCCGGCGGCGGGUGGGGAGAGACCGGCACCGGCCGAGUCCCGGCCCCACAACCCGCAGCCCGGAGCGGGGCCGCCGGAAGGAGGCGGCUGUUUGGGCCUGGGAAUGUGGCGGCGGCUCUGAGCCCUCCCCCUCGGCCCGGCCGCCAUGGAGAGACGGCGGUGACAGCAGCGUACCACAGCGCGCCGCCCGCACGGAGCGGGCCCAGAGCCCACAACCAUGGACGAACAAGAGGCCUUGAACUCCAUCAUGAAGGACCUGGUAGCCCUCCAGAUGAGCCGACGUCACAGACUGACUGGGUUUGAUACCAUGAAGAAUAAAGACACUGCUCACUCCAACAAACAGAAAAAACACAAUGCCAGCAGUCCACCUCUCUUGGGCAACCCUGCAAUAACAAACCAGUGUGCCUCUGCAGUGGAAGAAAAAAAACUUCCGAAUGAAGUAAGGAUAAAGUUUGAAUUUAAUGGGGAAAGGCGAAUUAUCCUAUUUAUCCGUCCUGUGCGCUAUGAAGAUGUGCAACAGAAAGUGAAAACAGCUUUUGGCCAGCCUCUGGACCUCCACUACAUGAACAAUGAGCUUUCUAUUCCUUUGAAGAACCAAGAUGACCUGGAUAAAGCAGUAGAUCUCUUAGACCGAAGCUCUAAUGUGAAAAGCCUUAGAAUAUUACUGCUUUCUCAGGACAGAAACCAUACCAGUUCUUCACCCCAUUCUGGACUGCCCAAACAAGUCAGGAUUAAAACCUCCCAAUCUGUGGGGGAUGUGAACACACCCUAUCAGCAACCAGAGCCCCGAAGCAGGCACCUUUCUGUCAGUUCCCAGAACACAGGCCGGAGUUCACCACCUCCUGGGUACGUUCCUGAGAGGCAGCAGCGCAUUGCUCGGCAGGGUUCCUACACCAGCAUAAACAGCGAAGGCGAAUUCAUCCCCGAAACCAAUGAGCAGUGUAUGCUUGACCCUUUAAGCAGCGCUGAGAACUCAGUGUCAGGAAGCUGUCAGUCCUUGGACAGGUCAGCAGACAGUCCCUCUUUUCGGAAGUCACGGAUGUCAAGGGCACAAAGCUUUCCUGAUAAUAGACAGGAGUUCUCAGACCGGGAGAAUCAGAUCUAUGACAAAGCAGGGAAAGGUGGGACCUACCCUCGGCGCUACAAUGUCUCCAUGCAGCACAAGGACUACAAUGAUGGCCGGCGGACAUUUCCCCGGAUACGGCGUCACCAAGGGAAUCUUUUCACUUUGGUACCUUCAAGUCGUUCCUUAAGCACCAAUGGGGAAAACCUCGGCCUGGCAUUGCAGUACCUGGACUCCCGGGGGCGCCUGCGAAGUGCUGACAGUGAAAAUGCCCUUGCUGUGCAGGAGAGGAACAUUCCCACUAAAUCUCCAAGUGCUCCAAUAAACUGGCGACGAGGAAAACUGCUGGGCCAGGGUGCCUUUGGUCGUGUGUAUUUGUGCUAUGAUGUGGACACGGGCAGAGAGCUUGCAGCUAAGCAGGUCCAGUUUGACCCAGAAAGUCCUGAAACAAGCAAGGAAGUGAGUGCCCUGGAGUGUGAAAUUCAGCUGCUGAAGAACCUCCAGCACGAACGUAUUGUUCAGUAUUAUGGAUGCCUGCGGGAUCGAGCAGAAAAGACCUUGACCAUCUUCAUGGAGUACAUGCCAGGGGGGUCGGUGAAGGACCAGCUGAAAGCAUAUGGUGCUCUCACAGAAAAUGUAACUCGGAAAUACACUCGCCAGAUUCUCGAGGGAGUCUCAUACCUUCACAGCAACAUGAUUGUGCACAGGGACAUAAAGGGAGCCAAUAUUCUCCGUGACUCUGCUGGGAAUGUGAAGCUUGGGGACUUUGGGGCCAGCAAACGGCUGCAGACAAUCUGUAUGUCUGGAACAGGCAUCCGCUCUGUCACUGGCACACCAUAUUGGAUGAGCCCAGAGGUGAUCAGCGGAGAGGGCUAUGGAAGAAAAGCAGACGUAUGGAGCCUCGGUUGUACUGUUGUGGAAAUGCUGACAGAGAAACCACCCUGGGCAGAGUACGAAGCCAUGGCAGCCAUUUUCAAAAUUGCCACCCAGCCAACCAACCCCCAGCUCCCUUCCCACAUAUCAGAACAUUGCCGGGACUUCCUAAAGCAAAUCUUUGUGGAAGCCAGGCACAGACCCUCUGCUGAAGAGCUGCUCAGACAUCAGUUUGCACAGCUCCAGUACUGAAUUACCUCCCUUGCUAGCAGCUCCUGCUGGGCUCUCAGUGCUCCGUCUGGUCUAGUUGCAACUGCCCGUUGUGGUGCUGCAUCUUCAAAAUGCCAACUCAGCUGUCCUAGUCCUUUGGGGAAGUUAUACCAAGGAACCUAGGGUCUGCCCUCGUGCCUGAUACCUUUGUUUGCUGGACUAAUGUUUAUCCUACCGACAGCUGUCCAAACAGAGCUGCAUUUUGCCCUAGUUACCUUGAUGUGAAAUCGUAGCUGGCGGUGUGUUUUCUGCAGGCCCAAAGAGUGGGAAUGUAAGAAGUGAACCUAGAAGAAACCCGAACCAGUGUGGGAACUUGGAAGAGCUACACUCUCCAUAACAGAAACGUGCUACAGCUUUCAAGAUCAGCUUUCUACAAGUAGUUACUCAUGUGGGUCACUGUUUUCCAGUCUUCUAGGGCUUUAGAGACAUCUGUAGUACAUGAAUCCAGCAAAAAGCCAUGUGUCAUUGAGCAUGCGCUCGCUAUAUUAUAUAUUUUUCUUCUUAAGUAUUCAGCAUCUGAAGGUGUUCAGAAAAUAUUGAUUCAAAAGUAUGUGAAUAGUGUUAUUUUAUAAUGAAACCAUGGAUUUUGGGGUGGGGGUGAGGGAGGUCUUUCUAGCUAAAUGUCAGGAUAAUCAGAAAUGUUUCAGCAGAAUGCAAUCGCUCUGGAGCCUGAGAUAAGGGCUCUCCCACUGCCAUUAGAAAAUCCAGAGCCUGAUUUCCAAGGCUUGAUCUGUCCUAGCAUUAAAGCAGCGCUGGUUAGUUUGUGCUCCUGGUUCAUCUCUCUGAGACUGCUGGGUCUGAAGAAAGCCCUUCUGGAAGGGAGUUUUGCAGAACAGCUUUUUGUUGCACCUAUCAUUUUGGCUGGUAACUUAAACCAAAGAUAGUUUACCUGGUGCCUGGGAAUUUACUUCAGGAAAAGCUUAGGUGUUCCUUUGAUGGCCCAGCCUAGUGGAAAAUUAAGAGAAUGGGUUGCCUUUUUUUCCUGUAGAGAAUUUGCUGGACACCAAUUUUACUUGUGCACAUGAAGUUAGAGUCAAGCUCAUCCCCUCACGGUGUGCAUUGUGUUUUAUAUGCACGCAAGUGUUUGAUUUAAGGUUCCCAUAAAAUGUUUUGACCCUAUUUAAAUAAGCUUUUGUACAAAUUAAGGGAUUGGAACAAAGAGAACACUUGUAAUGCUAGCAGAUGUCUGAAGCUAUCUGACCAAGAGGAGAGUUAUUGAGUUAAUUAAAAGUGUUCUGUAUGAAAUGAAACUAAGAGAAGAGAGCAAGUCACUAGCUAAAGUACUGCUUCAUAAAGCAACACUAAAGGUGUUCUGCUCUGGUGUUGGAAACCAUUUUCCAAAGGGUCCAUGUGCUCUUCUCUUCCCCCCAGAAACCUUGAAGGUUGCUUCAUGAUGCAGUGAAAUUAACAGGAAUUCAUGUUAAACUCAUGUCAAGACAAAGCAACUUUUAAUGUGAGCUCUGGCUCCUUAAACACACCAUGAAUAAUACAAUAUUGAAUUAGAAAAGGGGCAGAAAAAGACAAAGAGCCCUGAAAGGAUUUAACAAUCUGAAGUGGUUUUUCUGUGCCAACCUCAGAGCAAUAUGUAAUGGGUGGAAGCAAGAUGGUGUUGGUUUUGCUUUCGGGCUCUCCUGCACCACUACAAGGAUGCACUGUUUCAGUUGCAGGCACUUAGGGGGAUUUUAUUCUUAUGAAAGCCCUUGUUCCAUAAUUUAUUUAGUGAGAGCACUUCUAUUGAUCUCCUUAGAGCCUGGAACUUGACUAUAAAUUGUCCAGACACGUGGCUUGACUUUCAGCCUGCACUUCACUAUUGCUUGAACCAGAGGGAAGUGAGGGCAUGACGCUGCUGUUCUGUUCUGGGGAGCAUUUAGCACCAUUUUGCUGCAGUCUAAAUGGCUGCAGAGGGAUGUUAAGUCCUCCCUGCAGCCUUGACAGAAGAGGAGUGGUCAGCAGUCCAGUGGGGCCCAGUAGCACUCUUCAAGCCUUGCAGCUACUAAUAUACCAAAGAUUGAAGUCUUUAAUUAUCCCACUUGAACCUGCAGAUGUACAGGAGCAAUGUCGAUCCUUUCCAUGUAGGUUUCUCUCUUCCCUUGGCUUAUCCUCACCAAACAGAGACCCCCUUCCGUGGUCAUUCCUUGCUGUCCCACACAUUGUGUUUUGGGAGAAUAGGGCAUGAGGAAAUGGUGUAACUUUUAAUAUUUCAAAGCAACGAAAUCCUCAGGAUCUGUUGUGGCUUUUACCUCAUAUGCAUCAUGGAAGGCUGUUCCAGAGCAAAGCAAAGAGCAUCACGGACUGAUGGGCUCAGUCCUUUCCCUGCCAGAGCUUCUGGUCCUUCCCACCACAUCUGCUGAAAUGUGCCUACUCUGUGUAUACACUUGUAUUCCAGUCUGUAUUAAUGAAAGUAAAUAGCAAUUGUACAGCGACAGAGAACAUGGGGUGCCAGCUUGGACUUCUUGUAUUCCAGUCCCUGACCCAAUGCCACCCGUUCGGCACAGGAACAAGCCAAAGCAUUACUUGUAUGUUUGGAGAUGCACUUUUAUGAAUGUAGUUUAUAUCGCUCUUUUUUAGCUCUUUUUACAUCAUGUAAACGGUGAUGCCUCAUACUUUUUUUUUUGUUUUGUUUUGUUUUUUUUAAUUUAUAUCGUAAAAGAUCAUAUUUGGUGAUUUUUAUAUAUAUCGACUCGACUGUUACGGGGUUGGGGGGGGAGGAUGGGGAAUGAAUUUGACGCCUUUAUGAAUUUAAAAAGGAAAAAAAAAAAAGCAGCUGGUUUUGCAGAGAAUUUGCUGAUGGUUUAUAACGAGUAGAACCAAGCCAAAAUGCCGCCUCUGUUUCCUCACGGCCAUCUUGAUUAUGGAAAAGAGAGAUCUGGAUUCUUAAGGCUGCUGCUACAGCGAAUAAGCUUGGGGCUGGCAUCUGUCCUGCAGUCCCUUUAUACAGCCCUAGCAGCAAAAAAAUACUCAAGCGGACAUAAAUGUAAUGAUAGCCCUGAAUUGAAUUCCAUCUGGCCUCUUGAUCCUGGCAGAACUGGGAAAAAAUAGGAAUAAACUUGUUUAGAGGAGGGUGGCCAGGCUAACAAUAAACUGUUGUGUCCAUUCCAAAUGUCACGUGGUGUUUUCAGCUGUUCCUUCCUGGGAGGGAGAUAGAGCCAGUAUUUAGUAUUGGGAUUCUUAAUGGAAGGUGCUGCAGAAAUGGAGAGUAUUCUCUUCUUUUUUUUAACAAAAUGUGUCUUAUAAGAGUGUUGUUAUCCUGAAACUGUUGAAACUUUGAGCAGGAAAAUGUCGGAGAUUCCCAUCAGAGAGGAGCAGAGGAUGUGGCAAACUGAGCUUGUCAGGAAGCAAAGUGUUGGCAUUUUGGUCUUGGCGUGACGAUUCUGUGCAUUCCAGGUUACUGGCUUCUUCUCGAGUGAAAUCUUAAUCUUUGCCUAUUCUAAUUGCAGCAAUUUGGAUUUUUUUUUCAUGUGUUUUUAAAUCACAGGAUUUAAAGAUACUCCAAAGAGUUCCCUUUGUUAUUAAUUACUAAAACAAAUUGACCCAGAGGGAGGUUGGUACCUGCUCAGGUGACACAGGUUAUUUCCAGGUGCCAAGAGCAAAUAUAAUCUGUGAAAGCUGGGUGGGUUUGUAUCCCUGCUGUGCACACCUUCCCUGGUAGGCAAAGCUCAGAUAUUGAAAGCUUUACAGGGGAAGGGGCUGAAUCAGACCCCCAUCAUUGGUGCUUGGGUUAAUACUGCUGGCUGGAAAGCUUUGAUGUGUUUGAAUAUCUGCCGUCCUGUGGCCUGUACCUGCCUGUGGAGCUGGGAGCAUUCAGUUAAUGUGCUGUGGGCUAAUGAUAUUUGGACUUCAGAUCUUUCAACCCCAGCCUUGUUCAGUAGCAAAUUGACCAUCAGCUCUGAAUUCCCCAGUUAGGAAAGGCCUGGGAGGUGGUUUAGAAAUGUGGAAAAGGACGUUGUUGCCCAUCGAUGCCUGCCUGGCAUAAACUGUGCAGUGCAGGGAGAAGUUGCUGUAACCUGGAUUGUGCAGAAGACCUUGAACCAGUAGUCUAUAUAUACCGACCGGGGGCUUGCAGUGCAAAGCCAGGCCAAUGUAUCGUUUUAUUUACAAUAAAAUUAUCAUUUAUAUGAAA